CCAGGUCAGACAGCUCCUGCCAGUCACUUGAUUCGGGUGGAGGGCAAUAAUCUGUGUCAGUAUGUGGAUGAUCCUGUGACGGGCCGACAGAGUGCUCUCGCUCCGUAUGAGGCUCCACAGGUGGGGACUGAGUCCACAACCAUUCUGUAUAAUUUCAUGUGCAACAGCAGUUGUGUCGGUGGAAUGAACCGCAGACCCAUCCUCAUCAUCAUCACGCUGGAGACACGAGACGGACAGGUUCUCGGCAGGCGUUCAUUUGAAGGUCGGAUUUGUGCCUGUCCCGGUCGAGACCGUAAAGCAGACGAGGAUCAUUUCAGGGAGCAACAGGCUCUAAAUGAGAGUGUGGACAAAAAUGGAAAUGCCAAUAAACGAAAUUUCAAACAGACUCCAGCCAACAUUACAGGCCCUUCCAUCAACAUCAAGAAGAGGCGACAUGGAGAAGAGGAGAUGUAUUACAUACCAGUGCGAGGCCGGGAAAACUUUGACAUCCUGAUGAAGAUAAAGGACAGUUUGGAACUUGUGGAGUUUGUACCACAACAGUUAGUGGAUUCAUACAGACAACAACAACAGCAGCUCCUACAGAGACAGAGUCAUGUGGCCUCUCCGUGUUCAUAUAGCACACUCAAUAACAUGAAUAAGACCCACGGGCAUAUCAGCAAGCUUCCCUCAGUGAAUCAGCUCGUGACACAGCAGACUCAGCAGAGCGCAGGACCCUCUGCGUCCAUGUCACAUAUGGGUACGAACAUGCUGGGUGGACACCACAUGCAGUCGAACGGAGAUGUGAAUGGAGCUCAUGCGUCUCAGUCUAUAGUGUCCACCUCUCACUGUACCCCUCCCCCAUCUUACAACCCCGACCCCAGCCUCGUCAGUUUCUUAACCAGCCUGGGCUGCCAAAACUGCAUCGACUACUUCACGUCACAGGGACUCCAGAGUGUCUACCACCUUCAGACUCUUUCCAUGGAGGACCUUGGGGCGCUGAGGAUCCCUGAGCAGUUCCGGCUGGCGAUCUGGAGGGGCCUGCAGGACAUGAAGCAGGGCCACGAUUACGGCCAGCAGUUCAUCCGCUCUGGCAGUAACAUGGCCACCAUGGCCCUCGGCGCCGGAGGAGAGCUGCAGCGGCAGCGCGUCAUGGAGGCCGUGCACUUCAGAGUGCGGCACACCAUCACCAUCCCCAACCGCAGCGCCCCCACAGGAGCGGAGGAGUGGGCUGACUUCGGCUUUGAUAUGCCCGACUGCAGGUUACACAAGCACUCCAUUAAGGAGGAGUUCGCAGAAAGCGACGUUCACUGAGAAGGACCGCGCAUCCAUCGCUUUCCAUGCAUCGUAACCAUAUUGAUUUCUUUAAACUGCGAUGGACAGUUUACAUUUCCAUGUAGUAGCACUUCCAUAUUUGACAACAAGGGAUUUGAGGAGUAAAAAAAAAACUAUUCGCUUUUAUGAAGACCAGGGUUCAAAUGAAUCAUUUUAUUUAAUUGAUUAUCAUUUGUGGCCUUAUGCUAAUAUCACAUCACACAAAAAAUGAUCCAUUAGCUAAAAGAAAUAAUAUUAUUAGGACGCAGUUAUGAACAGUUAAAAGCAGUGUAUGAUUUCAGAACAUUGCCUUAUUAAUUUCGGCUCGGUGUAAAUAAUAAUUGUGCAGUCAUGUAUUGAAUAACGUGUGAAGUAAUGCCCGUAGAUCGAGUGGAUGCUUGACCCACCACAAAAUCAUACUUUAUAUUUACUUAUUUUGAAAAGCGCAGGUUUCUCGAAGCCAGACAUGUACAACUAGAUCAAAAGGCAUUCUGUAUUUGAAUUAUUUUCUCAUUAUAAGUUAUACCUAUAAUUAGUUAAUUUUUCAUCAAAGUUUUACAAUAAUAUUGAUGAAAACAACACCAUAAAAGUGAAUUUAAUUCAUUUUUUAAUUAUUAGCAUUUUUAUUUAA